AUGGCACCCACUCGAUCACCAUUGGCAAACCUCCCAGAAAAGCUCUCAUCUUACCUCAAGCUUCUCCAUUUAGACACCAGAUCCAUCCAUGGCCUCUCCCUCAAGCUCGGAUGCCUUUCCUCCACCUUCCUCUGCAACAACUUGCUCCAUUCCUACUCUUCAAUCCCAUCUCUCUUUGAUGCCCACAAGCUGCUUGAUGAAAUUCCCCAUCCAAACAUUGUCUCCUUUUCUGCUCUAAUUUCAGGCUACGCUCGGAUUGGUAAUCUGAAACAUGCAAUGAAUUUGUUUAAGCGUUUGCAAUGUAGCAUAAUUCCUAAUAAAUUCACAUUUGGAGGCAUUAUCUCGGGUUGUGCUCAAACGAGAGAUUUUCUUCUUGGAGUUCAAGUGCAUUGUGGUAUGAUUAAGUCUGGAGUUGAAUCUGAUGCGUUUGUGCAAAGUUUGCUGAUUGAUAUGUAUGGAAAGUGUGGGAUGGUUGAUUGGGCAUUCAAAGUGGACAUGGUUUGCAGUGGUGUUCAGCCUGUGAUUAUGACAUUUGCUAGUCUUGUCAAGGUUUUUGAUGACCCAACAAAGCUCAACCAGGCAAAACAAACUCAUGGUUUCAUAGUGAAACUUGGGAUUGAAGUAGAUGACCGGCUAGGUAGCACGAUGAUUGCAAUGUAUGGGCGCUGUGGAGGCAUUAACGAGGUGAUCAGGCUAUCUGAUAGAUUGAAGCAUGAUGUUGUUUCUUUAACUUCGCUGCUUGCUGCUUACAUGCAUAAUGGUUUUGCUGUGGAAGCAAUCGGUAUUUUUCGCCGGAUGGUAUCAGAGAAGAUGGUUAUCGAUCUGUUUGUUGUUGCAAGUGUUAUCAAGGCUUGUUCUAAUUUCCAACAACUAAGAUUAGGAAAAGAAGUUCAUGGUUAUGCCGUGAAAAAUGGUUUCAUGUAUGAUGUAUCAGUUAGCAAUGCAGUGCUUACACUCUAUGGAAGAUGUGGUGCAAUUAGAGAGUCAGAGAGAGUGUUUGAAUUGAUGCUUGAUAAAGAUACUAUCUCUUGGACUGCUUUGCUGAUGAGUUUCUGUCAAAAUGGAUAUGGAGAAAAAGCUGUGCUCUUGUUCCGGCAAAUGCUACGUGAAGCAUUAAGCACACCGAUCUUUAGUGUCACCGGAGCUGUCAGUGCUUGUUCUACAAUACCAAGUCCUCCUUUGGGACAACAAAUCCAUUCAAGAACUGUGAAAUUAGGUAUCGAUGAGGACAUUUCUGUAGAGAAUUCUCUGAUAACAAUGUAUGCCAAGUGCGGAAGUAUCGAGAACGCGACAAAAGUGUUUGAUUCGAUGCAAAGAAGAGACACUGUUUCAUGGAAUGCACUGAUAAAUGGUUUUUCACACCAUGGAUUUGAGAAAGAGGCUCUUAAAGCAUUUGAUCAAAUGCAGGAGAAAGGCAUUCAGCCUGAUGACUUAACUUUCGUCGGGAUUCUUGUUUCUUGCAGUCGUGCCGGUCUAGUCACUGAGGGCUGUGAGUACUUCAAUUUAAUGAGUACAGCCUACCGAUUGAUGCCGAAAAAGGAGCAUUAUGCUUGCAUGGUUGAUCUAUUCGGUCGUGCAGGAAUGGUUGAGGAUGCUAUAGAAUUUAUUCAUGCUAUGCCUUGCGAACCAGACCAGCUAGUUUGGGAACCAUUGCUCGCAUCAUGCAAGGUGCAUGGAAAUGUAGAGUUAGCAAAGCUUGCAGCAAUGAAAAUACUUAAGAUAAAGCCUGAUGAACCUUCAGUGUAUGUUACCCUUUCAAGCGUGCAUGCUUCAGAUGGAAUCUGGGAUGAAAAGGCUCGUGUUCGAGACAUUAUGAGCGAAUAUGGAGUGCACAAGAUGCCUGGUCGAAGUUGGAUCGAGUUUCCAGUGUCGAAUGAGAAUGAACUUGAAAUUUUGCAAGCAUUGUAA